AUGCGCCCGCGCCUGUCGCUUCAUCAUACAGGGCAUCAGGCACCGCGGACAGGGCAGACCGAGUAUCUUAUCAUUGAUCCGCAACUCAUUGCCACCGGAAAGCCCGCCGCCUGCCAGGUUCGACGAUAUGAGACGAAGUGGCGGAGUCGGAGAUCACCAGAAGAGAUAGGCCGCUUCAACACCUACGAUGAGCAGAUAAGGAAGCAGAUGGUCGACGAAAACAAAUAUGUCAGUUGGGAGUUGUCUGACACCUCCCUGACUCCAGCGAACGUUCGGGCAGGCGAAUCUUUAAAGGAUAACAUCGGGCUACAAAGCCGUAAGAGUAAGGGGUUUCGGUGCUCUAUCCCGCGUGUAUCUCUUCGCGACGCGUGUCCCUGCCCACGCUGCAUUGACCCGUCAUCUGGUCGUAAGGCAUUUGCCACUGCCAACAUACCCUCCACGCUCUUGAUUAGGUCAGUCAAAACCACAGACGACUGUUGUCUACAGGUCAUAUGGGAAGAAGAUUUCCUAGAACGAGGAUCCCAGGGCGUGUCCCGAUACACGCCGGCAGGACUGAAAUGGCUUUCUUUGGGACCUAACUUCGCAAAACGCGGCGAGAGUGCAAAAUUGAUGCAAUCUGGCCGGCGCCCUUGGGAUCAAGCGACAAUCGCCCGGGAAAUGACAAGAGUCAUCUACGCAGACUUUGUAGCAGGAGGCCCGGCUUUCUACAAUGCGAUCAGGGGCUUCUACCUUCAUGGACUCUUCCUCAUAACCCAUUUGCCGGACGGCGCUGAGGAAGCCAUACACUCCCUGACCAGAAUGAUAGGGGAACCACGAGGCAGUAGUAGUAUUUUUGGCUAUUUCAGCCGACCCAAAUGGGGACCCGAGGACGAAGUGCCCUUGCAUACUGUACAUGCAGCCUUCAUGCGCUCACCGGCCCUCAAACUUCUCCACUGCCUCCAGAACACUUGCCGUGAUGGGGGUGAAUACCUGUUCAGUGAUGGACUAAAGACGUCUAUCCAGACCGGUAUCGAGGACCCUGAGCUCUUUCGGCUCCUUGCGAGCGGCACUUAG